UUUUUUUAAGCUACUCUACUGGGUCAUGAAAUGUAACAAUUGUUUCGAAAAUGAAUAUCUUACGCGUUGUAUUAUUUCUUGUAAGUGUUAGUUUUGUUUAUACUGAUGAAAAUGAAGAUGAUAUUACAGAAGAUAAACGUGUGUUAGCGCUGAUGAAAGAAAGGAAACGAUACCAAAAAGUGCGAUGCUCGCGUCGCUUCACGCCUGGGACUUGUAUGGACCCAGUACGACCCGUGUGGACCUUUGUGGCACCUUUACAGUCCUGCACGGAACGCCUCGGCUGCCCAUCGGGGCUCUUCGCGAACCGCUUCAACUCAUUCGAGGAAUGUACCACCAUGUGCCGCGAGCUCGUCUACCUCUAUAUGUACCUGCAGUCUUUGGACAACGAGACGUUCAGGGUGCCCGAUGAAGCGCUGGAGACGUCGACGGGACAUAGCAGCGACUUCAUAUAUGCCGAACUCGUGCAAGAGCAACUAGACGAACAGGAAUUAGAAGGCGAGGGCGUUGAAGAUGUCGAGGCUGACAAUUUCAGACGAAACUUCAAGUCUAUGUUAUCGAACCUGCCGGAAUCGGACCCGGAGUACCCGGAUCGUCAUUACGAGGCUAGCGACGACCGCCCGCCGCCCCAGUCCAGCAGGGAGCUCAUGGAAGAUACCAUGGAGGAUCUUGUCGUGCCUAAUAUUGACCACUUUGUGUAA